AUGGUUGACAGUCAUCUGUUACAGAAAUUUGACUACGGACAGUACAUGAAUAGACAUAUUUAUGGUCAAGACGAUCCUCCUUCAUACACUCUGAAAAACUUGAACAUUCCAACAGUCAUUUAUCAUGGCGGAAAUGAUCAUUUAUGUACAAACGAAAGUAUUGAUUUACUUAUACAAAGAAUUAACAAAACUAUCAUCUCUGUGAACUAUAUUGAAACUUACAAUCAUUUAGGCUACUUCUGGAGUACAAAUGCUGUAAACCUAAUUUACUCAUCGCUACUUAGAUUAAUCGAGAAAUAUCAAGGAUAA